AUGGAGGCCGGAGGUAAAAGAAAAGCCCAGGAUUCUGCGGGCCGUGAUGAGAAAAGACCCAAGACCAAGAAGUCGUGGCUUGUGCCUCGAAAUGGCAAUACUGGCAAACAUCAGGUCCGGGAUAUCCAGUAUGGCGACAGCGGUAUCUGGGUGACAUGCAACAAGAACAAGGAAUCUGCUUGCGUUGGGGAGAUGCGCGAUUUGUUCACCGAGUUUGCAGAGCGCCUCUAUCCUCAAGCCAUGGGAUCCACAGAUGCAGAUGAAGACGAUGACGACGAUACAGAGAUCGACAUUGAGAAGGAAAUACAGGCUGAGGUCGAUGCCAUCCGGAAGCCCACGAGUGCUCCGUUGUUCACUCACGUCAGAGUGAAUCUCCAAUGCGUCGUAUUUUUCAAAACAAUAGCUCCUAUCGAGCCCGUAGCGUUCGUCAAGGCGAUUUGCGAAGAUGCCAUGCAGAAUCCCCAACUCAAACGCACGCGGUUCUCAAAGAGAUUGACUCCGAUGACGCUGAUUGGACGUGCUUCGGAGGAAGGCCUGGAGAAGGUGGCACUCGAGGUUCUGAAACCACACUUUCACAAGGAGCCCUUCGAAAAGCGUAAGUUCGCGAUUCGACCCACACUGCGCAACCACAAUAUCUUGAGCAGGGAUAGCAUCAUCAAACAGGUCGCCUCUCUCGUCGGGCCGGGUCAUGAGGUCGAUCUGAAGAACUACGAGCUGUUGAUCAUGGUCGAGGUGUAUCAGCACGUAUGUGGUGUGAGCGUUGUCGAUAGCGACUUCGAAAGGCUGAAGCGCUACAACAUUUCUGAAAUAUUCGACCCAACGCCCAAGGCCGAAAUCGCCAGCAAGAAAGAAGACGCCGGUGCUAAAGAAUGA